UGCAGCUCAAGCGCAAUAACAGAGGCAGCACCAGCGCAGAAGUGAAGACUGGAUUUGCACAGCUGGGAGUUAGCAACAGAAAGAAAAUCUGCUGCGCUAUUUCAUAUUCCUCUCACUCAAGAUUAAAACUGAACACAGCGGAGCACCGUCGUGAACAACAACAGAAGCCAUAAAACAUAAUGAAGAGUUUACUCUUAGUAAGUUAAAAAAAAAAAAAAGAAGUAGACCCGCAGUACAUAUUUCUACAUUUUUUUCCUUUGGUCUGUGUUUGCAUGUUCUUCCUCCUGCAAUGUCUGGAUCUCUGUGCAAAAGUUUAUAUGGCUUCUCUGGAGAACAGCAUCAGCAGGGGUUGAGGUUCGAGGCUGGAGAAAUUAUUAAAGUUUUGCAAGUGGCUGACGGCGGCUGGUGGGAAGGAGAAAGGGAUGGAGUCCGGGGAUGGUUCCCAGCAAGUUACGUCCAAAUAUUAGAGAAGCCAGUAUCAGUUAGCCCCCUGCCAGAAGAUGAGCCAGGAAACAGCCCUCUUCCUGAGGGAUGGCAAAGCUACAUGUCACCACAAGGGCGCCAGUACUAUGUGAACACAUUCACCAAAGAAACUACCUGGGAACGACCAACCAACUCCCCUGGUACUCCAAAGAGCCCUCUGUCACAGAAGAACUCCAUACCCACAGUUAAUGGAUAUCACACAUCGGGAAGCCCAUUACACCAGCCAGAUCAGCCUCACCCGUCACUGAGAAAACCCAGCAGUGAUCUACAGAGCCCAGGGUCGACAUCACCCUCAAGAAAACAGAUCAAAGAAACCACUAUUACUAUAAAUUGUGUGACAUUUCCCCAUCCAAACACCAUGCCUGAACAGGAGCUACUGAAACCUGGCGAGUGGAGCUAUUGCGACUACUUUUGGGAUGAUAAGAAGGAUCCCCAGGGUAACACCUCAGUGACAGGGUUUGAGGUUCUUCUUCAGAAACAGCUAAAGGGCAAACAGAUGCAAAAAGAAAUGGCAGAAUUCAUCCGGGAAAGGAUAAAAAUUGAAGAGGAGUAUGCAAAGAGUCUUUCAAAGCUUUCUCAGAUUUCUUUGGCAGCACAGGAAGAAGGGACACUGGGAGAAGCUUGGGCUCAACUGAAAAAAAGCUUGGCAGAUGAAGCAGAAGUUCAUCUUAAAUUCUCCUCGAAGCUGCAAAGUGAAGUGGAGAAACCUCUUCUUACAUUCCGAGACAACUUUAAAAAAGAUAUGAAAAAAUUCGAUCACCAUAUCACUGACCUUCGAAAACAGCUAGCCAGUCGCUACGCUGCCGUAGAAAAGGCACGGAAAGCGCUGACAGAUAGACAGAAAGACCUGGAGAUGAAAACCCAGCAGCUGGAGAUUAAACUGAGCAACAAAACAGAGGAAGACAUCAAGAAGGCCAGGAGGAAAUCCACGCAAGCAGGUGAUGAACUCAUGCGCUGUGUGGAUCUCUAUAACCAGGCCCAGUCCAAGUGGUUUGAAGAAAUGGUGACGACAACUUUGGAGCUGGAGAGAUUGGAGGUGGAACGGGUAGAGAUGAUACGGCAGCACCUUUGUCAGUACACACAGUUGAGACAUGAAACCGACAUGUUCAACCAAAGUACUGUGGAGACGGUGGAUCAGCUGCUUCAGAAGGUUGAACCUGCCAAGGAUCGGGAACUCUGGGUAAAAGAGCACAAGACUGGGGACAUCCGGCCGGUGGACAUGGACAUAUAGAUGAGCUUCCCAAUUUUUCUUCUUUUGAUUGGUUUAGUGAAGGUUUUCGGACAGAAACAUAUAUAUAUAUACAUAUAUAGAAACACAUAUAUACAGACUGGUAUGCAACUUAGCUUUUCAGAGGUAACCAAUACACAGAGAUACUGUAACACUUUUUGGCUUAAUGACCAUUAUAAAAACUGCAGUGGGAUUUUGAGCUUUUAUAUUUUAACAAAAAACAUAUUACAGAACUGAAGCCAAAUGUGUACCGCCUAACAGGAAUAAAUUAAACUGGUAACACUUAUACAUAUUUAAACAGUAUAUGUGUUGUAAGAAGCAGCUUGGUUUUACAUUUAUUAAUAUACUUUAAUGUGGCAGAUUAAAAUGCAAUAUAGAAAAAUAUUCAUGUAAAUAUGCUUGUCUUUAUUUCUUCUUGUCAAUAUUUGUCUAUGGAGAUAAACUGCGGAAAUCAAUACUGUUCAAAAAUGGACAGCCUUUUAAAUUAAUCCAGGAGAUCACCGCUAAAUAAGUUAAAUACAAUGCGUUUUAGGUAUCAGUUACUUUGAGGUGCAAAUAUUGACACCUACUAUUAAUUUCAAUUUAAUUCCGUGGAGUUGCACACAAUAUACUUUGGGCUUGAAACGUCAAGUUUCUUAAUCCUCAACAGUUCUGAAUCCUAGCAUUACUGGAAAACUAGUAACAGGACAACCAGACAGCUACAUGAUUGACUAAGUAUCUAAAACCACAGAGUAGUGCUAAUCAUUACAGAGUAGUACUUAUUUCCAUAUCAUCCAUAACUAUAAAACAUCCAAUAGUGCUAAGAUAAGAAAUAUUCAAAGAAACAAAAUCAAUUCAAUGAUAAAUGUUUUGAAGUCUUUUUUUAAUGGAAGUCUUUUUUAAUGUCUUUGAUGUCAUUUAGUUACCGGUAGGGUUAGUUAGGUUGUCAAUUCGAAAAGUUACGUAGUGCUGGAAGAGGUCAUUGUGAGAAGAAAGGCAUUAUUUGAAGUACAGGGAUUAGAAACCUGCCAGAACAUUGCAAGUAAGGCAGAGAGUUAGAACAGCUGGGGGGGGGGGGCUUAGGUCAGCCAGGGUGUCCUCAGCUCAUGUCGCACCAGCGCCCCCUGUAGACUGGCCGGGCGCCUGCGGGAUUGCCUGUAAGAUGCCCAGAGCUGCGUUGUCCUCCUUACAAAUUGGGAGAAAAACAGGGUAAAAUCAAUUGGCGACUACAACAUUUUUUAAUUUAAAAAAAAUUAUAAUACUGUGCUGAAAUGAUAUUUGAUCAUUCAUGAAUGAUUACUGUCUCAAAUUCCAUCAGGAAAUGAUCAGCAUUCCAUAAAAUAGUCAUCCAUUAUAAGACUGUUCCUCUGAAUUCGUACAUUAUACAUUAUACAUAUAUUAUACAUAUCUGGACAGCCCCACAAAGGUGUUACAGUCUCUUUGCAUCAUACAGUAUGAUAACUGGUUCUUACAGUAAUGCCAUUUUGAACCUCCACACUUGAGGGCAAACAACUGCUAUAAUUGACUUUACCAGUCUGUAACAACUUGUGUGCACAAUGAUGGUAUACAGAGCAAAUUUGUAUUCAGUGCCUUUUGUGUAAAACACAAAAAAGUUAACCAGUUUACCCGACUCCUUGUUUACUUUCACUUAUACUCCAUGCCUGUUCACUUGUCAAGGUGGAAGAGCUUCUCUUUUGCAUGCUAAGCAUGUAUAUAAUUAUAAAAUGCAAAAAAAAAAAAAAACACACAAAAAAAAAUGCUUUUGCAGUGACUGACUUCAACAACAACUUUCAUACUAAACGCGUAGUUCAGAAGUCAGGACUUAUACUGUAUGGGUUGCAAAAUUGUAUAAACAGUCCACCUGCUAUUUGUAAGGAAUUAUGAUACACAUUUCUUCAUAAAUAAGCACCUUUAAAAUUGCAAAAACUCGGUGCCAUUUUAUGCAUUUGUAUUCCUAAACUGCAGUAUUUGUUGAUAAUCGUACUACACAUUUCAGUCAUCAAGUUACAUACAAGUACUAGCUCAAUAGAUUACACUAUGAAGCAUUUCUGCUGUCUUACGUCAUUUCUGUAGCCUUUUUUUUUAAAUUUAGACAAAUGUAUUUACUGAAAUGAGUGAUAACUACCUUAUCUUUUUUUUUUAAAUUAAUUUCAGGAUAUGUAAAUAUUUUAAACAGAACUGCUGCAUCCUGGUACCUUCGCUGUAGGUCACUUGGUUUACUGCAGCUAGGCCAUUGCCAUGAAUUUGAACUUUUUUUUAUUUGAAGUAUAACAAACAAGCAAGGAUAUUUAACACAAGAAGACAGGGGGAUUACAAUGGGGGUUGUGCCAAUAAGAAAACACUGUGGUCAAGAUACCCAAAUGAAUUACAUUUGUUUACUGAAAGUACCAUGCUUUAAAAGCAAGGUAGAAUAAAGUGCUAAUAGGCUUUGUAGCUCUCAAUGAUUCCAGCAGCGUUAUUCCAAGACCAUUUCGUCAAUAGAAUUAUAAUAAUCCAAUGAAAAAGGGCUUUGUACACAGACUCAUUUGAGCAUGUAAUAGCCCUUACAGAAGUCAAAAGACAUCGAAUGAAAAAAUCCCAACAAUUACAACCAUAAUCAUCAGCCAUUCCUAUAGAUCAUGUACAUAACUGAAAAGGAUUUUGUGAAUAUUGUCGUUGUCUUGAUGGUAUACUGUAUCUAGAGUUGCUACCCUUUAUCAGAAUGGCAACUAUGUGGAACAUGUGAGGUCUAGUAUUUCAAAGUACAGUCUUGAAA